UGCUAGCGAUGUAGCGAUUACUCUCUUUCUCGUUUUCCCCUCUCAUGUUUUUUUUUACGAUCGACCGUUUAACACUUGCCGCCAGAUGUCUGCGACUUCCGCUGCGACGACGACGUUCUCCACGCGAGUCGCGUUGUUAUGUUGUUAUGGCUGACUAUGGCACUAUGAAAAUAAUCGCCGCUUCCCGCGACUCGUCGCAACGGUUAAUCAACAAUCGCCUCAGGGAGUACUUCGAUCAUGGAUCUAGGACGGGACAACGCUAAUGUGUAUGAGCUCGUCACGCGACUGGUCAGGCACACGUUGCGGAGGAAUCACUCCGACAAUGGGAACUCCUAUGUACCACCCGCGAAUGAUGACAGGAUAGUAAAGAGCUUUCGCGCGAGGGCUUACGAGAUUUUGUUAAAUAAGGGUAGCAAGACGUGUAAUGAAGGAAACUCAGCAGAACCUAAGGUUGAUCCUUUGGUGGAAAUCCUGAAGCAUGCUUUCGUGCUCAGGUUGUCUUUGAGACGCAUAUCAGAAGCGAAAGAGUUAGAAAAUUUAAUAAACGAGCUGUAUAUCCAGGAAGACAAUGUGGACACUGUGAUUUCUACCUUACAGCUGCUAGUAGAGCUCAAAAGCUUUCAGACCAACACAGAAGCUAUAUUGGAUGUAUUUCACUAUGGUAAAAUCAAUCCCUUUUUGCCUGAGGACGUUGCUUCUGCAAAUGGCGUACCAAUGUUUCAAACAUAUCCCAUGGAAUCUUUUGUCUUCCCGGGAAGAUUUGAGGCGAUGCUGGGCAUACGCCAAACUUGUAUCAGGCAGGAUACAAUGGCCAAUUUUGUUAGCAGAGUAUCUUUCGAAAAUCAAUGUGUAUCAAAAUCUGUUUUAGGGAACCAAAUAAUUAGGUAUAAUAAUGCUAUCGAAAUGACUCCUUGUAUAUCAAGUUGUACUGAGAGUACAACAAAACAAUGUAACAUAAUUGUUCCCUUCUUAACACAUAUUAUGGUUGAACAAACAAGUAAGAUAUAUUUGUCUACGCAGAGAUUUAUGUCAAAUAUGACUUUACCCUGCGAAUGGGUAAAGCUUGUAGAUGAUCAAAAUGAGAAUAGUUUUUGCACUGUGCCGUCGGACAAUUUCGAUCGUAGCUUUACAAGUGAAUCAAAAAACGACGACUUAAUAUGGGAAAAUGUACAAUUUUCUGGCGACUGUGUCUCCAAAUUACGAACAUGGGAAUCUCUUGGAGCACCAGAGUAUUCCAAACAGCCUCUCUUUGUCACCGAUCUGCCAGAGACCGCACUGCACUUAGCGAGGAUAAAACAAACGAGUAUCUUAUCACUGCUGCCAAAGAAGGCAAUGCAUUCCAUAUCCUUGAUGUCGGAGGUUUCAGCUGAGAAAUUUUUAUCGGACGUUAAAUUGUUGUUAUUUAGUAUAGAUUCAGACUCCUUUAGAUACGAUAGUGUGAUGGGAUUUAAAUUGGAGGAGAACAUUACUGUGCAUGGGAUAAGUUUCGAGGCACUGCAGAUUAUCUGCCGAGAGGCGAUUUGUUGGGGCAACAGUUUUAGAUCGUUGUCUCACCUCGUCACGCCCGAUCCACAAACGGGUAAAUUGCAACAGAAUGGUCUCAUAUUCAAGGCAAUGUGCGCCAAUGUCAAAGAGCUGCUUCUUUAUUAUCGCUCGGCGUUACAAAGGAUUCUCAACAAAUACGAAUUUCAUGGAUUGUUGGGCCUGUUCAAACAGAUUCGUCCGUUGGCACAUUUAAUCGUGGAAGUUGCGAGAUUGUGCGGCUAUAAUGAGAAUCAAUGCACUUUGAGUGGCGGCAGUGGAAUUCUAACACAUAUUUACAAAGAGGUGACUAAGGUUACGAAUCCGAAAGUUGCGCUGGUGCUUUACUCUAUAUUAAAGUCGUGCUGCGAAGUCUACUUUCGAUUCUUGCAAAAUUGGUUAUUCGAGGGGACGUGCGACGACGUUUACGGAGAAUUUAUGAUUCAAGCACGAUCUCAUUAUCUGCGAAAAAGGACGCGCAAAUUUUGGACGGAGAGCUUCGCGAUUGAUACCAAAUCAGUACCCGGUUUCUUGUCCGAAUUGUCAGAGUCGAUACUGCAAUGUGGGAAGACGCUGCGACUCUUAAAAAUUUGUAGUCCAAAGAAUCCUGUAUGCAACGUGUCUCUUAAUGCUCAACCGGAAGUGAGGGUCUGCUUAAACGUGUCCAUGUUACGAGAGCAACUGCUAAGGUGUCAGGAGUAUGAGCGUAAAGGCGAGGUGGCGUUGGAACCGAUUGUAUCUCUUUUAUCCGCAAUUCAGGACGAGAAGAAAGCCGAGCGGGAAACGGCCGAGCUUGUGAUACGUGCGCAACAGGAAACGUUAUUGAGACUAGAUGAGGAACGCAAGGAAUUUAUCAUGAAGGCUGCGCAAAGUAAACGGGAAUUGUUGCAAGAAUUGAAGCAACAGGCGGAAGCGAGUGCCUUGAAUAAGGAGAGGGAAAAGGAGAAUGAGAUACUAGCUGACAAAUUGUUGCUCGAAAAAAUCAAUCGAGAGCAAGAAGAAAUACGAGAGCAACAACAAACCGAACGGGAAAAUCUUGUAAACUAUUAUGAAAAAUUAACUGCCGAUAUAGAGAUUAAUCGUGCGCGAUCUACUUGGCGAAAGGCGAGAAUGAGUCAUUUCGAAAGACGAGUGGAAUUUUUGAAAUCUUUAAAGAAGGUCGAUAGAGAAAUGUCGGAAGGUAUCACCACAUUGAAUUCUGAUGAAAACGCAGUCAAUAUUGACGAACGAAAUCAAAAUACCGCGUCCGAAGUAGAAGCUGUAUCCAAUCAAGAUGAAAAUAGCAACUUUGCGGAAAAUGGAUUGAUGGAUGUAGGUGUAACAGAUGUUUCCAAACAAAUUGAGCUUCAAGAAAAUUUUUUGAGCGCCGAAGUCUCACCAGAUAACUCGCCUGUAGAAAAUUGUGAGCCCAAUAAAAAUAACGCAUCCGACGAGGAAAUUACGAGUAAGAAGUCUUUCACAAUGGAUACGGACAUACAAAUGCCGCAAGAAUCUCUACCAUUAAAUUAUAAGAUUUACAAGAAGAAUAAUGAGAGGAGUAACCUACAGGAUUUCCUACGUGACGAAGCAAUGAAGAGCAUCCAUACUAUAAUGAAUGGCGAUGAUAAGAAGGCGAGUGCGGUCAAUACUCGUUUAAACAAUAUCUUGAAAGCCGACGAGGUAACUGAGAAAAUCAUUGGUGCUAUAAAUAGGCCUAAGUCUUUAGCUAUCGAGAAGAUAGACAAUAUAACUGUCGCACAAAGCAAUAAACUUAAAGUCCUGAUGCAAGAGUACGGUAUGACCCCAAAUAACAAUGAGCUCAGUACAAUCCUUACGCAGAAUCAAAGAAUUAUUGAUCGCGAAAGUGCAAAUGGUAAUAACCAGAUAUUAAUCGAUAGCGAAUCCAGUUCAAGUAAUACGAAAAAAAAUGUGGAGAAUAAUAUUCUUUCAACAACUAAUAUUAAACUACCGGAAGAAACGACGAACGUGCACAGGCCUAUGAAUAACGAAGAAUAUUCAAAUAGAACUAAUAAUGCAAAUAAUGAAGCACAAGAGCCAAUGAAUAGAACGCAACAGCAGAAUAAUGUAGACACGCCAAUGUCGUGCACAACCGACAAUUUUACUACGGCAUCGUUCCAUACUCCUUUGUCACAGAUACCGAACAGCGAUGAUAUGUUUACUUCAAAUGCUGGUGGUCAGGAAGUCUCGUCCUUAUCAGAUGACAUGAAGUCGAUCACGGAGGAGGUAUUCGAGUCUCCGAUGAGCAGUAAUUUUAAGCCGCCGAAUCUGUUCAGUGUUAACUUUGACAUGAAAUCGACGCCAGCCGCGCCCUCGUCUUUGACCGUAGCCGAUGUAGAGAUGAUCGAUCAUACGUCUCUCCAAGUGUAUUUGGAAAAAUCCAUCAUCAUUCCCUUGCAGAUUCAAACCCGGCUGGUUAACAACGCAAUUAUUAAAUACCUGGUUAACGAGCACAAUAUGCUCUCGCACUUGCACAGUUUACGUAGUUACUUCUUUUUGUUAAAUGGCGAAUUCGCAAAGAGUCUAACGGACUCUCUUUAUUCGCGGCUCUACACGAUAUCCGCGCCGAUCGAACUCUUCAAUUCCGCCACCCUUACGAAUCUUCUGGAAAAGGCGUUAAUGAACUCGUUCAGUAACAAUUAUGCCAACUCGGAAUUAUUAAGUCUUUCUGCGGUCGACAAACCGUGCCAGUUAUACAUUUCAGAUCCGAAUGUCUUAGAAUGUCUUUGUCUCAACUACAAGAUAUCAUGGCCGUUGAAUAUUAUCUUGGACGACACGAUGAUGCUACAAUACAGUAAAGUGUUCAAGUUUCUAAUCAUGAUCGGUAGAAUGUCGUGGGUACUGCAAGAAGACUUUAAUAUAAUGAAGGUGCAGCGUAACGCAGUUAACUCGGAACAGUAUCACAAGUUGCAGUUAUACAGGCACACCAUGACACAAUUUAUGAAUGCUCUUCACAAUUAUCUGACGUGUAGCGUGCUGCACGCGAGUUGGAGCGAGUUCGAAAAGGACCUGCAGAAUUCCCGGACAAUAGAUCAGAUCUAUCUCUCGCACAUGAACUAUAUUAAAAGGAUACUUUCAAGGUGUAUGCUCAAUACGCGUGGAGAAAAAAUGCGUGUUUGCUUGAUCAAUAUCUUUAAAAUCAUAUUAAAGUUUCACAAUCGCUUGAGAUCGCAAGCUUGGUUCCUUACGGAUAGCACGGGCCGGUACAGCCAUCCGAAUUUCAAGAGCUUGGAGCAGAUGUAUCAGUCGUUCUGCGAGUGGCGGACGUACAUGGCACACGUCGCGCACAAAUUAGCCACCAGCGGAUAUCAGCCCCAUUUAAUGCAUUUUCUCAAUGCUUUGAAUAUCAAUCACAUGUAUGACUUAACGACAAAGCAACAAUAGCACUGUGAUUAAAUUCCGUCGUGUCUUCUUUUUCGAUCGAUGUAUUAAAUGUAAAAGAAUGUUAGUUAAUUUCUCUCGUAGAUAUCGGAAUUUAUUAAAAAUAAUUUAAUUUUCGGAAAAAA